GUUUCCUUUCUCAUCAGUGUUUCUGUUGUUGGCGUCUUGAUCUGAUUUGCAUCGUCUGUUUUCCUCUUAUCUGUCUGUCUGUCUGCUUCCUCCACCUGUUCUUCAUUGUUACUGUGAUGGAUCUCAGGACUGUUAUGAUCAUCUUAACUCUUUUGCUCAUGGCUGCUGAAUCAGUCCAAGCAACACAUACACCCACCAUCGACAAUGCUACCCUCCCUACUCAGACCGAGAGCACCAUUGGGGUCUGCCACUGCUCCAGCACUGCUCCACUUGCCACUGAUACCCCCACCUGUUCUUCACCUGGCCUGGGCCUCCUCACAAUCACAUGGUCAGCGGAGUGUGGAGGAAACAUUAUCCUAACCCACUAUGAUCCCUCCGGCUCCUCCACACCAGUGUGUUCCAAUGACACAAAGAGCAAGGAACUUUUGAGAGAUGUGUGUCAGAACAAGAGAGGUUGUCAAGGCACACCAAGCUGGAAAUCAAGCAGCAGCAAGCAGCACUGUUCUUACAUAACAGAGAGUGGAACAGUGAACAGGGAAGUCUACGAAACACUGACUGUCCACUGUGCAGUCCUCCCAGAUGUACAGGGUCAGCUGCAGGCCUACAAAGUUGUGUCAGCUCUGCUCUGCUUGGUGCUACUGGUCCUGUUACUGAUCCGCUUUACCAGACCCACCGUCAAAGCCCUACAGAAGAGACUAUCAGACAGAAGGCAGAAUCGCUGGAUCGGACCUACACAGAGUCACAGUGUGUCUUACCAUCGAGGGAAAACUGCAGUUAAAAACAAUGAUGGAGAGAAGAGACAUUCCUACCCUGCUCUGGAGCGACUGGCAGUCAGUGACAGCAGAGAGCCUUCAUCCAACAGGAACAGUGACUACAACUUCUGACACCUCUCUUCUACCAUCACAAUUACCAUCAUCAUCAUCAUCAUCAUCAUCAUCAUCAUCAUCACCAUCAUCAUCAGCAUCAUUACCAUCAUCACCAUCAUCUUCAUCACCUUUGUCAUCAUCAUCACCACCAUCAUCAUCAUCAUCAUCA